ACACGGACGAGUGCUCCAUUGGCAAUCCCUGUGGGAACGGCACCUGCACCAACGUGGUGGGAGGCUUCGAGUGCGCCUGCGACGAGGGCUUUGAGCCGGGGCCCAUGAUGACCUGUGAAGACAUCAACGAGUGCUCCCUGAACCCGCUGCUCUGCGCCUUCCGCUGCAUCAACACCUUCGGCUCCUACGAGUGCACCUGCCCCUCUGGGUACGCGCUGCGGGAGGACAGGAGGAUGUGCAGAGAUCUGGACGAGUGCGCAGAGGGGCUGCACGACUGCGAGUCCCGGGGGAUGCUCUGCAAGAACCUGAUCGGCACCUUCAUGUGCAUCUGCCCGCCGGGGAUGCAGCGCCGGCCCGAUGGAGAGGGGUGCACAGAUGAGAACGAGUGCCGCACCAAGCCCGGGAUCUGCCCCAACGGGCGCUGCGUGAACACGGCCGGGAGUUAUCGCUGCGACUGCAACGAGGGCUUCGAAGUCAGCCCCUCGGGCACCGAGUGCAUCG